AUGACCGCAAACUCCUCCAUGGUAGCGGAUAUCAACCUCCUAUCAGAAUUUCUCGGCGAUAAUCAAUUACCCGAUCUCUCCACCACAUCCCCAGUCGGCUGCAUUGUCAUAUGCGCCUCAGCCGUUCUCCACAGUGCCGAGGUUCUCUUCAAGACUCUUCAGCAAAGACCAUCGCUUACCAAAGCUCUCGUACUAUGUGGUGGCAUCGGACACUCUACCGAACUGCUUUAUGAUGCAGUGAAAUGUCAUCCAGUCUAUUCACGCAUCGCCGAUGAAAUCCAGGGUCUCCCUGAAGCCAAAGUUCUCGAACGAAUUCUAGAUGAGUUCUUCGAUAGAUCUCUCAUCAUCAAAGAAGGAUGCCAGAUUCUCCUUGAACCCCGAUCUACAAAUUGCGGACAGAAUGCUUCAUUCUCUCGCAAAGUCCUCGAUGAAGCGGGCUUUCGGGAACCAGCUACUUGCAUUAUCAUUCAGGACCCCACGAUGAUGCUCCGGACCAAGGCAUCAUUUGAGAAGGCGUAUGAGAGUACCCAAACUCCGGUCUCGGUUAUCAGUUGCCCGGUAUUUGUUCCGCGGGUGCAAUUGUCCCGUAACGGAGCCAUUGAGUAUUCGGACAUGUCGCCGCCGUCCGAGUUGUGGCCACAAAGUCGGUUUCUGGAGCUGAUCAUGGGCGAGAUACCGAGGUUGAGAGACGAUAAAGAUGGUUAUGGUCCUCAGGGGCGUGGGUUCAUUGCUCAUGUGGAUGUUCCACGCCAUAUUGAGGCAGCUUGGUCUCGACUACAAGUGGUGACUCAGAGCUCUAGAUAG